AAGAGGUCCGGACGUGUCAUAGCUGCACACACCAUCUCUCCUCUUCUCCUCCUCUUAGUUGCGUUACCUCCACCACAGUGAUCUGCAGGUCCUGGUCCGUUACCUGAACCAGGAGCAAUGAUGUGGCUGAUGGUGCUGGCCGGCUUACUCCACUGCGCCUCGGCUGGCGACGUGGAUCUGAACAAACUGGACGGGCUGGCGAAAGCGAGAGUGGAGACGUGUGGUGGAUGACAGCUGAACAGGCUCAGAGAGGUCAAGGCCUUUGUGGUCCAGGACAUUCCUCUUUACCAUAACCUGGUGAUGAAGCACAUUCCUGGGGCCGACCCUGAGCUUGUCCUCCUGAACCACUAUUAUGAAGAGCUGGAUCGGAUCGCCCUGUCUGACAUGAGUCGCUCUGAGAUCAACGAGCUGCUGGGCGAGCUGGGCUUCUACAAGAAGACUGAACCAGAGGACGAGGUGCCGGAGGAGUUUCGCUUCUCUCCGGCCAAAGACAGCCCGUUUAAAGAUGAGCCGCCCUACAAAUCCUCAGUUGCCUCCCUUGCCACAGACAACGCCUCCUCAGAGCCCAAAGCAGAAGCCAAGCAUACUGACCUUUAACCUGCCAGAGUGGUGGAAAGUAAGAAUCUCACAGUACCACUAAGCCCGAUAGCUGCUCCACGACCAGCUGGUUAAUGUAAAUGACAGAAAUGCUUGUAAUUUAAUAAAAUAAUACCAACAUAUCUUUGGGCCUUUGGGAAAGGGCCCUAGCUCAGCAUUGCCAAAAGGCCUUUACAAAGGCCCAAAGUCUGAAUCUGCACAUAUUGUUCUUGCUGUUUGUUCUUAAUUUAGCAGCAAAAAUAACCCAAUGAGCUGCUUUGUGAGUGCUUUUCUACUCUCUACACAAAGACUGGAAGUGUGUAUGUUUUAUUUAGUUUGUUGGUCCCUCAUGUAUCAACCGUCUUGAGAAUCUUUGCCCUCACUUGAGUUCCCCUUGCGUGUCUGAUUGGUUCCUACCUACUGUGAAACCCAAUGAAGCUUCAGGCUGAAAACUGUCCCGUCUGGCCUGAGGCUGAUGCUACAUGUUCUGGUGGGUUUAACUGAUGCACA